UAUAAUAUAAUAUAAUAUAAUACUAUAUUCUUGUUUACACUCUUAUCUUAUUACACACACAAUAAGAGAAUGAAAUGGUUUCCAUUUGCAGUUGGUUUCUUCUUUUCUAACUGGUUAUAUACCAUGCAAAUGAUGCAUUUUUGUUUAAAAAAUUAGUCUAGUUUUGGAAAUUUGGUUUAAAAUCUUAUAAGAGUUAAAUUUGAAGCAUGAAGAAGAAUUUGCAUUGGUUAAAAGAAAUUUCUAACAAUGUGAGGUCUGGGAGAAGACUUUCACUAGGUGAAUACAAGAGAGCUGUGUCAUGGUCAAAGUAUCUAACUUCCUCUGGAGCAGCCAUAAAGGGAAAUGAACAAGAUGAUUGGAAUGCUGAUAUGUCUCAGUUAUUCAUUGGUGCCAAAUUUGAUUCUGGGAGACAUAGCAGGAUCUACAGAGGUAUCUAUAAGAACAUGGAUGUUGCUAUUAAGCUUGUUAGUCAACCAGAAGAGGAUGAGGAAUUGGCUGCUUUGCUUGAGAAACACUUUACUUCUGAGGUUGCUUUGCUGUUUCGUUUGCGCCAUCCAAAUAUCAUUUCAUUUGUUGGAGCUUGUAAGAAACCUCCAGUGUUCUGUAUAAUCACUGAAUACAUGGCUGGAGGCUCAUUGAGAAAAUACCUUCUACAGCAAGGACCACAUUCAGUUCCUCUCAAACUGGUUCUUGAAUUAGCCCUUGACAUUGCAAGAGGAAUGCAGUAUCUUCAUUCUCAAGGAAUACUUCAUAGGGAUCUCAAAUCAGAAAAUCUGCUAUUGGAUGAAGAAAUGUGUGUAAAAGUGGCAGAUUUUGGGAUCUCAUGCUUAGAAUCUCAAUGCGGCAGCGCGAAAGGAUUCACUGGAACUUACCGUUGGAUGGCGCCCGAAAUGAUCAGAGAAAAACGUCAUACAAAGAAAGUAGAUGUCUAUAGUUUUGCCAUAGUUCUUUGGGAGCUAAUAACAGGACUCACACCAUUUGAUAACAUGACACCAGAACAAGCAGCAUAUGCAGUUACUCACAAGAAUGCAAGACCUCCAUUACCACCUGACUGUCCACUGGCAAUUAGUAAUCUGAUCAAGAGGUGUUGGUCAAGCAAUCCAAAUAAACGGCCACAUUUUACUGAGAUAGUCAAAAUUUUGGAGAAAUAUACCGACUCACUCGAGCAGGAUCCAGAAUUUUUCUCUACCUACAAACCAAGUUCAAGUAAUAUGCUUGUGAAAUGCUUACCAACAUGUAAUGCUGGUAAUGAGUUCACUUAUAGCAAAGCCUAGGAUGAUGAUAAUUGUAUUAUACCAAUUCCAGGAAGGACUAAUAUGGUGCUAUUUGUAUUAACUUCUAGCUUACAGAGUCUUUAAUUAGAAGAAAAUUAUAGUU